AUGUCAUCAACAUCAACACCUCUAACAACACCACCAACCCCGCAACCAGACCCCCGCUACGCCCAACUCUUCCACGACCUCUCAACCCGCUUCGCGCAAACCUCCCUCCCCCCAGAAAAAUGGUACAUCCUCGCCAUAUCCACAAUAGUAGCCAGCCCGGACCCGGAACGCUGCGACCAGCUCUACCUGCACCUAAUCAACCAAGCCCCCUACAGCACCCCAUCAGCUAGACAAGAACUAAUCCGGCGCCUCCGCGAAGCCCUCUUCAAAAGCAUCAUCAUAGUAGGCGUGUGCAAACCCAUCGAAGCAAUCCUAGCCAUCAGCAAAUACGAACGCGAAGAAGACAAAGACUACACCUUUACGCGGGAGAACUGGCAAUGCGACCAGGCCAACCAUGACCGCGGCGUAGCGUGGCUGGAGAAGCUGUAUGCGCGGAACACGACGGGGACGCUAGAUUUGUUCCGCGCGCAUCAGGAUUUCGGGUGGUUGUCGAAGGAGAUUACGUAUGGGUUGUUUUUGUCGGAUCGGGGGGUGUUGGAUGAUUUGGAUACGCAGAUGGUGGUGUUGCCGGCUAUUAUGAGCCAGAAUUUGAAGAAUGAGACGCAUUGGCAUAUUCGGGGGACGAGGAGGUUGGGGGUUUGUAUGGAGGAUGUUAAGGUUGUUUGGGAGUGUAUUCAGCGCGUGGCUGGGUUUUAUGGGACCGUGUUGGAUAAGGUGCCUACUGUUGAGGAGGUGGAGAGUGAUGUUUGA